AUGGUCAUUUGUCUUCGACUCGAGAUCGAUGACGCAUUUGAAUCAGAUUUAGAAACACUGAAAUAUAUUGUUUACGAAGCUUCUUUCCACGAACCAACAGAAUUUUUACCGUCAAAUACGAAUAAUAAAGAUUUAUCUGCAGUAAAAGCUGCUAGUAGUGGUCAAAGAGAACCACGUGAACUUUUUGUCGAAACAUAUGUGUUUGACGAAUCAUUAUCUUUACCAAAUCAUCGUUCCCUAUCAUCAAACGUAAUGAGUGAUGCUAUAGAAAUGACUUAUCUUGAUUUAUCAAAACGUCGUCAACAACAACAAGAAAUGAAUGUUUCAAAUACAAACGAACCUGAUGCUGUACCAAAAUCAAUAAUAACUGAUGAAUCCCAACAACAACAACAACAAUUAACAACACAAUCAACUUUUUCUGAUAUGAAUGAUUUGCCAACAACAAAAAAUACAACUAAAACAAAAAAAAAUCGAAAAGUAUCAACAACUACUAAUGAUACAAAUCGUAUAGAAUUGUCCACUCAUAUAUCAACAUCUCCUGAUUUACAAAUUCCCUUUUAUUGUGGUAAUCAUCUUGUUGAUAUUACUCGAGGUAUUUUACAUUUAUACAAAGACAAUAAAGCAUUAGGUGCAAAUAAUGAACCAAAACGUAGUGAAAUGUUAGCCAUGUUAGCUAUUCCAGCUGAUGUAGCUUGUAGAGAAUUGAUUACAUUCAUAUAUCCUGCUUAUGAUGGUAUUGAAUAUUUACGUAUUAUUCGUGAUCCAACACCAAAUCAAUAUAUGUGCUUAAUUAAAUUUAAAUCUCAAAAAGAAGCUGAUGAAUUCUAUGACUAUUACAAUAAUCGUCAAUUUAAUUCAAUUGAAAAAGGUGUUUGCCAUUUAGCAUUCGUUGCAAAAGUUGAUAUAACUAGUACAGCUAAAGAAGGAUCGUGUCCUAUUCCUGGUCUUACUGAAUUGCCACCAUGUUAUAUUUGUCUGGAAAGAAUGGAUGAAAGUCUUGCUGGAGUAUUGACUAUUCUAUGUAAUCAUUCUUUCCAUGGUGAUUGUCUUAUUAAAUGGGGUGAUAGUUGUUGUCCUGUUUGUCGUUAUGUUCAAACACCGGAAAUGAUCGAUGGUCAAUCAUGUUUUGAAUGUGGUUCACAAGAGGAUCUUUGGAUUUGUUUAAUUUGUGGACAUGUUGGCUGUAGUCGAUUUAAGCAAGGUCAUGCUUUUGGACAUUUUGAAUUAACUCAACAUACCUAUACAAUGGACUUAAAACGACAACAUGUAUGGGAUUAUGUCGGUGAUAAUUAUGUUCAUCGACUUAUACAAAAUAAAAGUGAUGGAAAACUUGUUGAAUUACGUGGUGAAGGUGUUAGGACCUAUGAAAUUGAUGAUUAUCAUGAGAAUACAUCAAAAAUUGAUACAACUCAAGAAAAAAUUGAUUCAAUUGAACUUGAAUAUACUUAUUUAUUAACUAGUCAAUUAGAAUCUCAACGACGAUUUUUUGAGGAUAAAUUACAAUUUGUUGAAGAUGCUACUCAUGAAAAAAUCGAAGAACUUGAACAAUCAAAUAAAUUAUUAAAAGAACAUGCACAACAAUUACAAACAACACUUGAUUUAAUAACCAAAGAAAAACAACAACAAGAAAAACGUUCUUCAACUAAAAUAACAAAACUUCAACAUGAUUUUGAUGAAGAAAGAUUAAUGAAUGAACAAUUAAGACAAAAUCAAAAUUAUUUUCAAGCUGAAAUGCAAAAAUUAAGAGAAGAAUUUGACACUGCCAUGAAAAAUAAAAAUGAAGAAAUCAAUGAUCUUAAAGAUCAAUUACGUGAUCUUAUGUUUUAUAUUGAUGGUCAACAAAAACUUAAAGAAAUUAAAGAUCUAUCAGUUGAUGAACUUGAAACGAGUCAAGUAACUGUAAAUAGUCCGACAAUAGCAAGUGCUAGUUCAACAUCGACAACUAAUUCCGGUAAAUCAAGACGAAGAAAAAAAUAA